UAUUUGCUAACAAGUGCACCAGUGAAAUCAGUAAUAGUUUAAUCAUGAAUUCUUUCGUUUGUUUGGCUCUGCUAGCGAGCAUCAUUGCUGCGGUCAGCUGUGCUCCGAAUUACGGGUUUGGAGCGUCCGGAUCGGCCGCCAAUGCCGGUGCCCAGUCGUUCAACCAAGGUAUGGGACACGGAUCAGGCCCGGGGCUCGGAAAAGGCCACGGAUCCGGACCCGGAUUUGGACAAGGACACGGUUCAGGACCAGGAUUUGGACAAGGACACGGAUCCGGCCCCGGACUCGGACAAGGACACGGUUCAGGACCCGGAUUUGGACAAGGACACGGAUCCGGACCUGGACUCGGACAAGGACACGGAUCCGGCUCCGGACUCGGACACGGAUCCGGACAUGGACACGAAUCCGGACAUGGACACGGACACUUUGGCGGUGGUGUAAUGUCCGGAUCGUCUGCUAGUGCUGGAUCGCAUUCGUUUACCCAGGGUGGUGGUUUUGGACCACACGGACAUGGCGGUGGAAUGAGCGGAUCGGCGGCCCAUGCCGGAUCACAGAGUUUCAGCCACGGUGGCGGCGGAUUCGGUAGCAAGAGCGGAUCGGCCGCCAGCGCCGGAUCACAGUCAUUUAGCGGUUGAUCAUCCGACUCAUCCCGCUAGGAGUGGGUAAACAAUAAACAGUGAUUAAGUUAUUAUCUAGUUAGGAAUAAAACUGCAAACGUUUAACUGAUCGUGGUAGCUUGGUUGGGAAGUUACCUGCGAUAACCUCGACUGAAAAGUACAAUAGAUUAUCGAAGCGGAACCUCGAAAAAAAACUGAAUAAAAAGUUAAAUAUAUAUUUUAGUGAUCGAAGAACAACAAA